UGCCCUCCCACACAGCCAAUUCCUAGUUCUGUUCCUACCUAGUCUUUUUUCCGAGUUAUCUCAAGUUCCUUGGUUUGCCUAAGGCACUGAGCUGACAUUCCCAAAGGCAUCAACCCACAGCGAAUACUAGAGCUUGAUCUUACGAACGCUUCACUCUGAAUCUUUCGUUUUUUUGUCAGAUCUAGUCAUCAUCAUGCAUAAGAAUCAGCUUCAGGAGGUGGCUCAGAAGAACGGCUAUAACCUCCCCUCAUACGCAUGCAUUCGCGAGGGCCCAGACCACGCCCCGAAAUUCAAAGCCACAGUCCUUUUCAACGGCGAGACUUACGUAAGCCCGGGUUACUUCGUAUCGCUCCGCCAGGCGGAGCACGCAGCGGCGGAGGUGGCCCUCAGGAGCCUCUCCGAGUGCAGCCCGUCGCAGUCCAUCGCCACAGUCCUCGACGAGUCGGGCGUCUGCAAAAACUUGUUACAAGAAACGGCGCAGCGCGCAGGCGUGCCGCUGCCAAAUUAUAAUACCGUGCGGUCGGGUCCCGGGCACCUGCCGGUGUUCACGUGCACGCUGGAGGUGGCGGGGCUGCAGUUCUCGGGGGAGGCUGGGCGGACGAAGAAGCAGGCGGAGAAGAAUGCCGCACUGUCCGCCUGGUUCGCGCUGAAACGACAUGCCGGCCGCAAUCAGACGGGUCCCAUGGAGGACUUCGACGUGACGGACGAGCAAGAGCAGAGCUCUAUCGCGCGCGCUCUCGCCAACGCGUACAACGCAAGCGCCAUUAAGAGCAGCCCCGCUAUUCUCUCGCACCCGGCAGACGUUUCCCACUGCGCGUACCUCCCCUCGCCGUCCCCCAAGGGCAUCGCGUCCGCGCCGCUCUACACGCGCAACCGCAGCUCCGUCUCGCAGAAGCCCAACCCAGGUCCCCUCUACGUGCCGCGCCACGUCAGCGCCGGCCGGACGUCAGAGUCUGGUGCUGGCAGCAGCAACGGCCGCAUGAUGACGUCAUCGUCGUUCAAGAUGCGUGAGGUGACCAUCCGCGAAUGUUCCGUCGAGGAUUCGCUUCCGGAGACCCUCGGGAGCAUCAUGGGUGCGCCUCCGCAGUUCCCGCGCAUGACCCACUCCAGCCCGCACAUUGAGCCGCCGGCGCCGACGUACACUCGCCGGUCGGCUGCCGGCCGGUCGAACGGUUCUGCCGACAUCGGCAGCAGCGUGCCGAACUUCCCCACGCAGCCGCUUGUCUCCCAGUCCGUGCCACGUCAGCCUGGUCUCGGUCUCCCCCAAUCGGAGCAAUCCGCGGGGAGUCAGACCUCUCGCUACACGAACAUAGCCAUCAAGCCCGGUAUGGCGUAUCAGCCGCGGUCGGCGCGCGGAGGGCAGUCUAAGCCUAACUACAACACCGGAACUUCGUCGUAUGUCGCUGCGGAACGGAUGGACAACGCCGUAAGCGACGGGCGCUGGACGCACAACAGUCGCCCAAUGAGCUCGAACGGGGGGGGGUUGCUCCCGAACCCCACGGACGUAUCGGGUUCUGCCACGUGGAACACGAGGCAGUCCAGCAGCAUGCCGUAUUGGCCCGUGCAGUCUGCUAUGGGUAUGCCGUCGUAUAGCCGGCCGGUGUCCGGUUCCUUCGCUGGCGGUAGGACUGGUGGGCUUGCGGCUGGCGUGGGCGGCAGCGGAGAUCCCAAGGGGAAGCAGUGCCGCACCGAGCUGGAGGAGGACGUCUCCGCGGCUGAGGCGACCACCCGCCAGAUGCUCAACCACCUCUGCUUGUGACGGGGGACGUUUCAUUGAUGCUGCACAACAGCAGUUUAGCGUGAAUGCUUGAGGAUUUUCCUCCCCCCAUCUAACCCCCCCACUCCCCCUAUCGUAUCUCGUUCAUAUGUUGAAGGGGAGAACUCUCUGCGAGUGAUACCUCACUCCCCUAACCAUGCACUUCUCUCUGCACCUCCAUUUUACAGCACCGGCUGUAGUGGCAGUGCAUAUUUAGGGGACUGUCAGCUCAAUACUUGGCAACUGAACAUGUUCACUUUGUUAUGGAAUCUCAAUAAGGGUGUCUUUCUUUCUUUGCCUGUU